GACAUCCAUAACAUUGAAGCUCUGUGUUUCAGAAUGGUGUGGCCAAAAGGUGGGACCUAAUGAAGGUCCAUGACUCUGUGGCAGUGCUGAUCCACAACACUAGCAGAAAUGUGCUGGUUUUUGUAAAGCAGUUUCGACCAGCCGUGUUCCUGGCCAGUCUGGCGUCGUCUGCGUGCACGGACCCGUCUUUGGUGCCAGUGGGCCAGCCGGCGGACGCGGCCGCCCAGCCGGGCCGCUGCGGGGUCACGCUCGAGCUGUGCGCCGGCUGCGUGGACAAGGACAAGCCGCUGGAGCACAUCGCCCGCGAGGAGGUGCUGGAGGAGUGCGGCUACGACGUACCCGCCGAGCGGCUCCGGCGCGUCAAAACCCUGGUGUCAAACGUGGGCACCAGCGGCGAUCGACUCCACAUCUUCUACGUGGAAGUGACCGACUCGGAGCGCACCAACGCAGGAACUGCACGUAGCGCCUGUCCUCCUCCUUCAAGACGAUCUGGUGGAAGGCGGCUCAAAUGUCUGCCUGGCAACCAACAGCAUUGGUGCGGAAGUUCAACAAGACAGAGGGAAGACGGCUCAACAGGUUCUCCCCCGGGCUCAGGUACUCGUUCAGGCUCCUCCCGGUGGCAUCAGGAGCGGACCCGUCGAAGACCACUCUCAGUUUAUUACCCCGGACAACACCCCGGUGCGGCAGGAAGAAGGCGUCAUCAGGGUCAUCUGUGA